AUUCUCGACGCUAGCUCGACUGGCAACCAGUCAUGCGGUACCAGCGUCGCGAGAGGAUUCAUACUCAUGUCAGUCGUCCAUUCUGUUUAUUUGUUGGGCUUAGGGUUGCCUUCUUCAAAAACACAUGCUACUCGACCUCGAUCCAACUCAAGAAACAGCUCAAUAUAUUCCCAGAUGCCGUCGUUGAGGACUUUUCGCAUUGAGUUCGAUCGAUCAGGCGCUACUUAUGCACCUGGCGAACAAGUCACCGGCAAUGUUAUCAUCGACUUGGCCAGGGAGAAAUCUAUCAGAGCUCUGAAAUUAUCGAUUAAGGGAGAAGCUAAUGUUAACUGGGAAAGAACGAGAACUAGAAAAGAUUCUCAUGGACGCAAUCAGACUGAGGUUGAUCAUUUCCGAGCAAGCGAACAUUAUUUUAACUUAACUUAUUAUCUGUUCGGAAAUACAACAGGUUCCUCAAGUGAUGGAGAAGUACGGAUGCCAGCAGGAUUUCAUAAAUACCCUUUUACUUUUUCACUACCCUCCAAUAUACCAUGUAGCUUCGAACAUGUAAAUGGUCACAUCAGAUACACGACGAAAGCGGUUAUUGACAGACCGUGGAGAUUCAAUCACGAGUGCAAGAUUGCGUUUACUGUAGUCUCAUCUUACGAUUUGAACAAUCACAGUCAACAAUGUCUCGGCAUAGAUGACGAAACGAGUGAUAGCUUCUGUUAUUUCUGCUGUGUCAAUAUGGGUUCGAUAAAAACACGUAUUAAAAUACCGACAACGGGAUUCGUUCCAGGCCAAUCGAUAGAAACGAUGAUCAAUUUAAAUAAUACCAGUAGUGUCAAUGUGACGAAGAUCUGCGUUAAAUUGGAACGGUCCUUGGAAUUCCAUGCGAAAACACCGUAUAAUUCGACUAAAACGGAUAAAGCGGUCAUAAAGGCCGGACAUAAUACGGGACCAUUCAGCCAAUAUGACGAUAUUAUAUCACGAUUACAAAUUCCACCGAUACCACCAUCCCAAUUGGAAUAUUGCAAUAUAAUAGAUCAGAAUUAUAUCUUACGCAUUACAAUUCACGUCUCAGGAAUGCAUUGCAGUAUCACCAAGACUUAUCCAAUCUUGAUCGGAACAAUCCCACUGCAUUCUGUAUCUCAUACACAAACUAUACAGCCUACAGCUCCAAUGAUGCAAUACGAUGAUGAUCCUCCUCCACCAAUGCCGACGUCUCCAGACUAUGCCUCACCAAAUUUGCCUUAUCCAGGAUCUCAACCCAUAGGUUUUACAAAUCAACCUAGCACUUCGGUUAACCAAUGGGACAUACCGCCGCCAUCAUAUGAAGAAUGUAUGCAAAGAGCGGAUUCUAUUAAAGAUCACGAUGAAUCUAAUUACGUGCACGGGGCCAACGAACCUUUCGCACCCAGAUAUCCAGUUUUUAAUUUCUCAAUGCCUUAUCCAUCUGGAAAAUAAGAUGAAAUGUUUGGAAAAUAAGCACAGAUAAGACGGAGGAGUAUAUCCUAUACCACCAACAAACUUAUUGUUAUUUGACAUAAACUUGCAAAAGCAAGCAUGCUAGAAAAAUAUAGAUUUCUGAUACUACCUCAUAUAAUGUAUUCGAAUAUAUUU